ACAGAUGAUGUACUGAAUUUUAAAUUUCAUUUUAUCGAAUUUUAAAUUUCCCGGUUCGAAUUGGUAGCAGUCUUGCCGUGCUGCCACCAUUGAUAAAAAAAUUGUGGUCAUUAUAUUGGCAACAGUUAGUUUAACCAAGAUGACCGUCGUAUUUAUGUAUUGCUAAAUUUUAUGUUCAUAAUUUACAAUAAUUUGUAGUGUGAUUGCUGUAAACAAUAGAUUAAUUUUUAAAGUUUAUAAAAAUUGAUAUUUAACAUGGAGCUCAAUGCAUUCAGUUGACUGUAUGUAUAUAUUUUAGUAAAUGUAUAAUAUACAAUUACAAAAGAAUAACCGGUGUUGAAGCAGAGUACAGUUCAAAUAUUGUAAAAUAAUCACAAUGGAAUCACCGGGAUUGAGUGAUCCACAACAACCGCGAGACGACAUGUCUCAAAGUUCAAGCAGCGUUGCUAAUGUUGAUAGAUCAGAGACCCCAGACAGCAAUCGUGGUCCUGUUGAUGAUGAAUCCGCAGCUGACAGUCCUAAAAUAACAAAACCUGUUCUCGGAAAAGUUCAAGCUAAGAAACGAUUGAUGGCAUUUGCUAGUAAGUUUACUGCACCAUUAAUACAAAAGAGUCCUGAUAAAGGUUUUAGUUUUAAAAGUCGUAACCUAAAUUCAUUCCAAGUAAAUAAGAAAAAAUUAAGUAGCAGUUCGAAAGAUUCAAUGGGAGGAGAAAACAUAGCGAGAAAUAAAACAAGUAUUGAGCUUGAACUAUCCGAAAAAAUUAAACCUGAUAUAACAGUAACACUAAAAACAAAAUCAUCAAGUAAAAAAACUAAAAAAAGAGCUGAACCGAAAAUUGCAGCUAUCGAGGAAAUUAUUCGUGAAGCCGCUAAAGAAAAAGAAUUACUAGCCAUGCAAUUGAGUGAGCAAAAAGCAAGACAACAACAAGAAGAAAAUAAUCUUGAUGAUUUACCCCGUAAUAAUGGUAGAAGUGAUCGCAAUAAGAGUUUUGGAAGGCAUCAGCAGUGGGGUAAUCGUCGUAGUCAAAAUUUUCACAAUGACAAUUUUCGACGGGGUAAUUUCAAUCAAAAUUAUGGUGAUAGAAAAUUUAAUGAUAGACGAAGAACAUUUAACAAUGAACAUUUUCGAGAUCGUUCUAAAAGUAGAGAAAGAAGAGAAAGAGAGGAUCGAGAAAGAAGAGAAAAAGAGGACAGAGAAAGAAGGGAAAGAGAGGAUAGAGAAAAAUCUCGACGGAAUUUGUUCGAUAUGGAUCAGCAGUUUAAAAUGAAAGAAUACAAACACGACAAUAAGCAUUUCAACAAAAAUCGAAAUUAUAAUGAUUAUAAGAGAGAGAAAAAAGAGGAAAUCAUUGAGCGGAAAAUAAAAACUCCCUGGAAAAAUUUUAAAGGGCAAAAUGGUCGAAUACGAGAAAGAUCUUUAUCGUUGGAAAUAAAUGAAGAUUCUAGUUUUCUUGCGAAUAGAGAAAUUAAGUUUAAAACAGCACAAGAUUAUAAUGCACAGCUGGAACACAUGUUAUUGAUUGGAGAUCAUCAUGUAAAACGAAAUUGUGUUACUGUCGAUGGAAUAAAUGAUGUUAAAAAACAGUAUCCACCAGAAUCAAUUCGUGUUACAAAGAAAUUUAAUGUUCCGAGUUUAUUUUACAGUGAAAAUCCGAAACUGUCUCUUCUACUUCCCUGUCAACAACUUUAUCAAAUACUUCCUCCAGAUCGCUGUAAUACCAUGCGAAAAAUAGCCGAUGGAACUGUCGAGCCUUCAAAGGAAGUUGAACAAGAUCAAGGUCCUCGGACAUGGUACAAACAUAUGCACAGGUCUAGAUCGAGAGACGAAACUCAUGAAGUUAAAGAUACUGAAAAAUCUAAGUUUUCAGUGCGUAAGUCGAAAAAAUCAAAAUCUAGAUGGGACAGUGGAGAUGAGGGGAUUGCAAAAGUUGAAGUUCCUUCGUGCAGUUCUUCUCAGGUUCAUUCAGAACAUUCAGAUGAAGAAAAUGAAGUCACAAAAGUGCAACAAAAAGACGAUGCAGAAAAUGUAAAAUCUGUAACAAAAGAAUGUUUGGAAGCCAGAGAAGAAGUAGAAGAAGAAGAAGAUGGUGAAUUACCAAAAGAAGAAGAAGAAGUACAAGAUGUAGAUCUAGAGGAAAAUGAAGAGGAUGAAGAAAUGGAGAAAGAGGUCGAAGAAGCUGAGGAUGAAAAAAUUAUUUUGCUGGAAAAACUAGACUCAACUUCUGAAUCUUCUUGUUCAAAUAAAAUAAUACCCGAGGAAGAUUUAUCUAACAUAGUUGAAUCAGAUUUACUAGUAUCUAAUGAAGAGAAACAAACAAAAGAGACACCUAUUGAAGAAUCAUCAAGUGAAAUAAAAGCUAAAACAUUAAAAUUAGUUACAGAUAACGAUAAUGAUAACUUAAUUAAAAAAGUUGAAGUUGGAAAAAAAUUGGUAUCAGAAUAUGAAGAAUUUCUGAAGAUGGUUGGUCAUGAUGAAGAGGAAGAAGAAGAAGAUUCUAUAGCCGUUGAUCAAAAUUUUGAAAAUCCUUCAGUGACAAAGGCCGAUGUUGAGCCAGAGGUUAUUAAUCAACUAAUAACUAAUGAAUUUAUUGAAGAAAAUACCGAUCAGGACAUUAAGAUUACUCCAGUAAUGAUAGAUUCUGUUGAGGAAAAUAAAUCUCUUAAUCGUUCUGAGAAUACUUCAGAUAUUAUUGAUGCUAAAAUUGAAAAGAUUGAUGAAACAAUUGUAAUAGACUCUGAAAUAGGUGGUUGGGAAAAUAUUAAAGAAAAAAUAAAACAUAAAAAAUCAUUGAGAUCCCGAAAACGGAAAGAACGUAAAAAGAAGAAAAAUAGAAAAAAAGUAUCGUCUAGUGAAAGCAGUGAUUCUUCAUCUAGUUCAUCGGAGUCUGAAGCUGAGAAACGUAAAAGGAAACGCAAAAGAAAGAGAAGGAAGAAACGUACACGAGAUUCAAGUUCUGAUAGUUCCAGUAGUGACAGUGAUGCUUCUUCGAGUGAUGAGAGUAUUAAUUUAUCGAAGAAAAAGAAAAAGAGAAGAAAAAUUAAAAAUAAGCUGCGAAUUAAAAAUAAGAAAAAACGUUUAAGAAAGGAAAGUACAGUUUCAAAUUCAAGUUAUGAAUUUGAUGAAUUAACGCGUAAGCGUAAAAAAAGAAGAGAUUCAAAACAUCGUAAAACAUCUAAACAAAGACGAUCUAAGUCUACUGAGAAGAAAAAAAUAAAAGUUACUGAUGAGCGUAAAAAUGAGAAGAUAGAAAACGAAAAUCUCGAAGUAAUUAUUAAAAAAGAUGUGCCACAAUCACCACACUGGGAAACUGAAGUUAAAAAAUCUAAUGUUAGCAUUGAAGUAAGUCCUCAAGUUACUCAAAUUAAAGAAUCUUCAGAAGAUAAAACGAUUCCACAGGUAAUUAUAGAAGCAGCGACAGCUGAAAAGCUUUAUGAAGUAUGGUACAACAACUCGAAUUCACAGAUUACACAGCCGCUUGAUGAUCAACAGCCAGAAGAAACCAAAAUUGAAGAAUCGCAGAGUGAAAAAAGUGAAGUUGUGAAUGAAAAUCCUACUGCCGUAGAAGAAGAAGAAAAAUCUAUUAAAAACACUGAACCUGUGCAUCAUUCACCAACUGAGAAAGCUACUGAUGUUAUUGAAAUAACUACUGAUACAGUAAGUGAUAAUCAAAGUGAUAAAAAGAGUCAAAGAGAUAGUUCAAGAAAUAAAAAGGUCAAAAAAAUUAAAAAGAAGCGUCGCAGUAUUAGUACUUCUAGCACAUCAAGCGAUACUAGCAGUGAAUCAUCGGACGAUGUCAGCAGUAAAAAGAAAUCUCGUGAAAAGCGGAAAAAGAAAAGCCGCUCAAAGCGACGCUCACCUAGUCAGUCGGAGUUGAUUAAAAAACUUAAAAAAUAUCGUGCUAAAUUAACAGAAUCAUUGGAUUUUGACGCAUUACAUUUUCCAUCUUUAACACAACUUGAAGAGAAUCCUGAAACUUUACCUAUUAUCAAUGAUUGGGAAGUUGACAGUAUGGAUGCUGUAGAGAAAUUCAUUACAAAUGCGACAAAAGAAAUAUCUGCAGAAAAAUCUGAUAAGAAAGUUGAGAAAGCAUUAUUAUAUGACAGUAAAACUGAUAUGUAUAUUGCUGUUGAAAAGAACAAAACUUCGCGAGAAAAUAAAAAGAAACAGGUUAAUAGAGUUUGCUCAUUAAGAAUUUGGGAAGAUGAGGAGGAAGAAGGUGAACGGGAAGCAAAAAUGUUGAUGGAAGAAAAAAUUAAAAUUGAGAAUGAAUUACAAGUUCCGGAUACUCAACCGAAAAUUGAAACAAUUACAUCACCUACUUCAACAAUUAUCGAGGAGAAAAAAGAAGAAGAGAAAAAGGUUGAUGAUAUUUCAGAGGACUUGGUUAAAAAAGAAGACGAAGAAGUAAAAACUUCAAUAGAAGAAAAAUCUUUAGAAUGGGUAGAAAAUGUUCCAGAGUGUGAAAAUAAUGCUGUAGAAAUUGUACCUGAACAAGUGCCGACGACGACGCGAUGGACUGAACCUAGUCCAGUUUUAUUAAAAGAAGAAGAAGAAGAAGAGUUGGAAGAUGAUAAUCUUGUGCCUGUAAACUGGGAAGAAGAAGAAAUUGAUUGGGAAAACCAAUCAUCAUUAAUUACUGGUGUUAAAUCAGUACAGACAUCAAAGAAUAAAAAAGAAUCUAGUGAGAGUAGUAGUGAUAGUAGUGACACUAGUAGUAGCAGCGAAAGUAGUGAUAGCGAUGCUGAAAAUGUUAAAAGAAGUCAACAUAAUUCUUUGGAAAAAUCUAAAAAUGUAAGUCCGGCCGUAGAAACUGAUGCAAUGAAGAAAUUACGUAUGAAUAUGUUUGCUGAGUUUGCGACACGUGAGUCUACAGACAAAUUUUCUCAACUUUCAGACCAGAAAAUCGAUUCAAACGUAUCACCAUUUAAAUUAAGUUCUCAACAAUUACAAUUAGCAAAAUCUGAAGACAAGUCGGGUGAAUCUGCGGAUAUCUCAGUACCAAUAUUCGAUGAUACUUGUUUUGUUACUCAAACACGUGAGUCAGAUACUGUUGUAGAAAAAGGAAAAUUCCGUGCAAGUUUCCAAGAAAUACGACUUAGAUCAUAUUCAAGAUCUCCAGAACAAGAUUCAAGACGAAGUUCUUCCCGAAUCGACAAAUCUAAAACUCGCAGUAGUGAAGACAGAGCAAGUAGUUCAAGCUAUCGCAGCAGUAGUCGAGGUUCAGUCAAAGACUCUUCUAGAGAUCGCAAAAAAGUUGAUGACAAAGACUCAAAAAGAUCUUCCCUCAGUGCUGAUCAAAAGAAAAUCAGUCCUCUCAGUGAUCGCGGCUUAAAAGAAAAACGCCAUUCUCCACUUUCAUGGAAUAGAAGUCGCAGUAGAAGCCGUAGUUGGAGCCGGAGUCGUAGUAGGACUCCUUCUAAAAGAGAUGACAAGUUAUCAUGGGACCGUCAAAAACGUAUGGGGCGUGUUGAUGAUAGACGAGAAAGAUUUUCAAGGAGUCCAGAUCGUCGAGGACGAUUGCAUAGAAGCAAUGAAAGCGAAAGAGGUCGUGAACGUAAUCGUAGUCGUGACAGAGAUUGGAGUCGUGAAAAAAUUACCGAGAAGGCUUAUGAUCCUAUGGAAAUUUUAAGAGGUGUUGCUCAUGGUGGUGAUAAACAACGACAAGCUGCUUUGGAACGACCUCUUGAUUCUUUGGAUGUUAACAUUCCAUUUUCAAGUGAUUUAAAUAAAUCUCGCUACAGAAGUAGAAGCCGAAGCCGAAGUAGAAGUAGAAGUAGAGAACGACGGAAUCGUGAUAUCGAUUGGGAUCGAUCUCGUGAAUCACCUGACUCAUCUCGUAGCAAAUCUUUAGACACUCGAAAAUCAUCACGACUGUCUCCCAGAUCAAGAGGUUCUCCGCUGAGAUCUGGACGUAGUAGAUACUCAAGUCGCUCUCGAUCUCGGUCAUGGACCAGGUCCAGAUCAAGAAGUCGCUCACGUUCAAGAUCACGGUCUAUACAAAGAUUUAGAUCGCGAUCUCGAUCAUCUUCAAGAUCAAGGUCAAGAUUAGGAUUGAGAAGUUUAGAUCGCGGCCAAAGAUCAUUAGACAGGUCCCGGCGUUCAAGAUCAUUUUCUCCAGAACAACGAAAAUUAAACACAGUUGGUGGUGGUAUGGGUUAUCGAAGAAGCCCUAGUAAAGAACAAAUUCAACAAAUAGAAACAAUCAUUCAUCCGCCGGGAAUAAGUUCAUUGUCCCAUCAAAAACCUCAAAGUAUUUCACAAGUUAAUGAUUCAAAUAAUAUACCAGUGCCUACUCAACAGUUUGAAUACUCGUAUUACCCAGGAAAUAACUUGACUUAUCCACCACGUUUAGAGACCACCACUAUAACUACACCGACUAUGGCAGCUGCGACUAUAAAUCCACCUGCAGCAUCACCAAAACGUCUUUCUCUGGAUGAAAGGUUAGAAUUGGAAUUAGGAAUUAAGAAAAGUCAAGAGUCCUUACCACCACCUCUACCAACAUCACUGCCACCACCGCCACCGCCACCUCACACUUACCAUCUUCCCAAGUAUAAUCCACCAACCAUGCAAUAUCCACCAACAUCGGUAGUGCCAGUUCUUCAACCACGUAUUCCAACAUCUCUUCAUGGUCCAUAUGCACGCCCACAACAGCCUACAGUGCUCCAAGUCGGCAAUGUUCUACAAGUUGUACCAGCUGAAUAUACUGCUCCAGUUCCUCCUGUCGGAAUCAGAAAUGAUAUGCCAACACCACCAUCGUCAACUAGUAAUAACAAUCCAAACCGUUUGGUACGUGUAGGUAAUGUCGUGCAAGUUGUACCAUCUACGACAUUAGAUUGGAGUGGACCUGUACCUCCACCAGCACCAAUACCGUCAACAUCAUCAUUACCAAUGAGCAGCGUACCAAUGGCUGUUCCUGUUCCUAUGCCAAGUCCUGUUCCAAUGCCAAUAAUUUCAAGUGUACCACCAGUUUCGCAUCCAAUGAUCGUUCCAGCCCCUCCAGUCACCCACAUUCAACCGAUUUCAAGACCAACGCAAAUGGCAGCACUUCCUAAACUUGAACCUCCAAAAGCACCACCGGUUCUACAGCCAAUUUACAAUUAUGAAGCUAUCAUGGAAGUUAGGAAGAAAGAAAAAGAAGAUCGGAAACGAUUGCGUGACGAAAAGCGUCGUGAAAAAGAACGUAAAAAAUUGGAAAAAAUGCAUCGUCGUGCUAAACGUGCUCUGGGACAGUCCAGUAGUCAUAUAACUACCGAAUCACCCGUUGAACCUGAUACUACUGUCGAAGUUGAAAUGGAAGAGGCAUCAGUUAGUAUACAGCCUGGACAUUCAGCUGAAGACGAAGAUAAUGAUGAUCAAAUCCCUCCGACGCUUGGACAAUCAGAUGAAAAUCCUCCGGAAGACGAAGAUGAAGAAGAAGAAUAUGACGAAGGAGAUGUUGAAGAAGACGAUGAAGAGGAAGAUGAAGAAGAAAUAGAACCUGAGCCAGAAAUUGAAGAUGAAUCACGCGUCGUGAAUUUAAGUGACCAACAACUUGACAUUGAUGUACCUAGUGUUAAUGAAAAUAUUGAUGAAGACUCAGCUUCUAAUGUUAAUGUUGAUGUUACGGCACCAUUGCCUCCGCCACCUAGAAAAGGAAUUCUCGUUCCUCCUGGUCUAUGGGAUGAAAGAAUAACAAACGGUGUGUUGGAUGAUGAUUCUAAUACUGCUUCCAGUACUGCUGAUGUGGUACAAGCUGAUGGUGGAGAACCAUCAAUAGCAAAUGUAAGCGAAGAAAAAUCAACUGAAGUAGAUCCAGAGGAAAAAAAAUUACGAGUACCAAGACAACGUAGAUCACGCAAAUCAGUGCAGUUUGCUGAUGGUAUUAAACCAGGAGAAGGUACGAGUCCAAGUGGCGGUGAGGGUGACAUGCCAUCUCCACCACCACCGACUCCCAUGUCUUUACAUGAUCCUCUACAUGAACAUAUCAGAAGAUCAAGGUCUCGGAAGAAUCGUAAGAAGGCUAAACGUGCCAAACCUUUGAAAAUUAAGAAGAAGGUCAAGGUAAAAAUAAUAAAAUUAAAGAAGCCAAAAGUAACACCAUUGACAUCAAUGUUGAUGGAUGAUUCGGACGACAUGGAUGAUCGUUCGCCUCCGCCGCCACCACCAGGAUCUCCACCGCCUCCGCAUCUAUGGCCAAGUUAUUUAGCUGCUUACAGCGCAAUUUUACGUCCUGUUGAAGGAACAUCAUCGCCGAAUAGCAUCCAGGCUCCACCGCCUCCUACUCCAUUACCGCUACUAGUUCCUCCUCCUCCACUCAAUUGCCCUAUCUUACCUUGUAACAAAGCUUAAUUUGAUUUUUAUUAUUUUAUUGACGUAAUGAAUAUUUAAAAAUCUAUCGAUUAUUAUAUUAAAACGUAAAGAUUAUUUACAAAAACUUUGUACAUAUAACUUUUCGUUAUAGUUAUUGAAACUAGUUCAAUAUAUUACUUUUCUUU